AUGAAUUUCGAGUUCGACUUCACCGCCGCUCAUCACGCGUGCUCCGCCAAUGAGCACGAUCCGCAUAUAACCAAGAACAUGAUGGAGCUGGUGAGAUUCAUUGGCAGAUUCCCGCAAUGGAGUCGACUUCCAAAGCUCGCCCAGAUCAACGUUGUGAAUUUUCUCGAUUAUGAAUCGCGAUUGCAGCUCGCGAUUUGCUCGAGGAGCACGUAUUCGGUGGUGAAGAUGUCUCCGAUUUCCAUCAGAUUGCUCGAGAUUCAUUGCGCGCCGGGCGAAAACGGAAAAAUGGGCGAGGCGUUUGUUCGCGCGAAAUUCUCGAAGCAUCGCGCGCGCGCUCCGAAGGGAUUCAUCGCGACGUUCGUCGAGAAGCGCGACGGCGAGACGGAGAUGAAGUUUGACGGCGACCGCGUCGAGUUGCGAACCGUCAACUACGCCGACGAGGCCGUCAAGGUUUUCGAGCGAAUGGCGAAACUUGCCGGAUUGCGAGUCGAUCUCCUCGAAAUCGACAUGCCAGAGUCGCUCUUGACAAACUGCUCGAUUUUGAAGCGACUCGACGUGAAACAACUACGCCUGAAAAACAGAGAGGAUAAGGAGCAUUUGAGGAAAACGCUGGAUUUGUUCGGUUUGGAUAAUAAGGGCAUUCGAAUUCGCGGCGGAAUUGAGCAUCUGACCCCUCAGCUUUUGUUCCAUCCUCAAAUCCAAAACGCGGAUUCAAUUGAGAUCGAGGACCAGUGCAAGUUCACUGAUGAGGCGUUUUUGGGAUUGAACGGAAGGAACAUCAUGAUUUCGACGAAUGGGGUCUCCGAUUCAUGCCUGAACAAAUUUAUAAAAAGAUGGAUGGUUGGUGGCGGGCCGAAUGAUUUCGAGUCGCUGACACUCCACCCACACCGAUUGAUGGUGAAAGACAAGAUCUUGGCGAACAUUCCGAAUACGGCUGAAAAUUUCACGGAAACUUAUUCGGUGAAGCAGCUUCACGGCCAACGGACCGCAGUGAUCCAUAUCAGUGAUUAUCUCUUCCUAAUUAAUAUCAAUUGA